AUGCGGGCAAACAAGCAUUGGGCUGCUAGCAUUCUUCUCGCAGUUUCUGUGCGAGCUGAUUUUGAUCCAUUGACAUUUGUCGACCCAUUGAUCGGUACCAACAAUGGCGGAAACGUGUUCGCCGGAGCUACCUUGCCUUAUGGCAUGGCCAAGCCUGUCGCCGACGUCAAUGGACAGAAUACUGGUGGCUUCGCUACUGACGGUAGUGGUGUGACUGGAUUUUCAGCUAUGCAUGAUUCAGGCACCGGAGGCAACCCAUCCUUGGGCAAUUUUCCCAUCUUUCCCCAGAUCUGCCCGGAUGAUGUGAUUGACAACUGCAGCUUUUUGAUUGGCUCUCGUGCUGUCAACUACGACAACUCAAGCAUUAAGGCCAGUCCGGGAUAUUUUGGCUUGGAACUGACCAAUGGCAUUGCUGCAGAAAUGACAGCCACCCAGCACACCGCACUUUAUAAAUUCAACUUUAAGAAUGCUUUCGCCAACAGCACUGGGAGAAAACCUUUUGUGCUUCUCGAUCUAACUGAUCUAUGGCAAAGUAGGCAAAAUGCUACAGUCAGUGUCGAUGAAACGAGUGGCCGUAUUCGUGCAAAUGGAACAUUCCUUCCAAGCUUUGGUACAGGUUACUACGAGUCGUUCGUAUGUGUUGAUUUUGCAGGGGGCAGUGUCAACGAAACCGGAAUCUGGGUCAACAAUAGAGCCGGUACAGUAGUCAAGGACCUCUUCGUUACUCGUGGUUUCAACCUUUUCUAUCUGGAAGCAGGCGGUUUCGUUACCUUUGAUAGCCUAUCAAACCAUACGUUAUAUGCCCGCGUGGGAGUCAGCCUGGUCAGUACCGAGCAAGCAUGUCAGAACGCGGAAACAGAAAUUCCCGAACCUACAUCAAACUUCGCAGACAUCCAGUCUGCCGCUGAGGGAGUGUGGAGAGAAAAGUUCAGUCCCGUGUCUGUGAAUGCAACGGGUGUAAGCGAUGAUUUGCAAAAGCUGUUUUGGAGUGGUAUCUACCGGACGAUGUUGUCUCCGCAGAAUUACACCGGAGAGAAUCCUCUCUGGAGCAGUGACGAGCCUUACUUUGACUCUUACUACUGCAUCUGGGACGCUUUCCGAGUGCAAUACCCACUAUUGACAAUUAUCGACCCAAGUGCACAAUCACAAAUGGUUCGCAGCUUGGUGGACAUCUACAAGCACGAAGGGUGGCUUCCUGACUGCCGAAUGAGUCUGUGUAAAGGAUGGACUCAAGGCGGCUCCAAUGCCGAUGUAGUUCUGGCUGAUGCAUAUGUGAAGAACCUCACUGGCAUCGGCUGGGAUAUAGCUUAUGAUGCCAUGGUUAAUGAUGCCGAAAACGAACCGUUGGAAUGGUCUAUACAGGGACGUGGUGGUUUGCAAAGCUGGAAGAGCGUCAAUUAUAUUCCCUAUCUAGAUUUUGACUACCUAGGUUUCGGAACAAACUCUCGCUCAAUCUCACGCACUGUUGAGUACGCUUAUAACGAUUACUGUGUCGGUGUGGUUGGAAAGGGAUUGGGAAAGACCAACGCUACAACAUACCUAUCUCGGUCAUCGAAUUGGCAGAACAUUUUCAAGGCUGACCAAACGUCUUUUGUCAAUGGAACCAACACUGGCUUCGUGGGAUUCUUCCAACCAAAGUAUCUCAAUGGUACCUGGGGAUUUCAGGACCCCAUCGCUUGCAGUCCGUUGACCAAUUUUUGCUCCCUGACCAGUAACCCGUCCGAAACUUUUGAGUCUAGUGUCUGGGAAUAUCAAUUUUAUGUACCACACGACAUGAAAUCUCUAAUCAGCGUCCUCGGUGGUGCAGACCAAUUCAUCUCGCGACUUGAUUAUUACUACGAGUCCGGAAUAGCCGACAUCAGCAAUGAGCCCGUCUUUCUCUCCGUGUACUCCUAUCACUACGCCGGUCGCCCCGGUCUCUCCACCAAACGCGCACAUAGCUACAUUCCAUCAUCUUUCAACACUAGUGAAUCUGGACUGCCAGGCAAUGACGACUCCGGCGCCAUGGCAUCGUUCUCAACCUUCUCACAAUUAGGCUUGUUCCCAGUGGCUGGUCAGAAUGUCUACCUCAUCUCGAGCCCGUUCUUCGAAUCCGUGAACAUCACCCACCCGGAGACCAAGAAAACGGCGACAAUCCGGGUUAAGAAUUUCGACCCGACGUAUACCGAUAUAUUCAUCAUGAAUGCAACACUCAACGGUAAGACAUAUACGAAGAAUUGGAUUGGUCAUGAGUUCUUCCUGGAGGGCCAAAUUCUGGAGUUGACAGUAGGCUCAAAUGAGACUGCCAGCACAUGGGGUAAAAGCGUGGAUGAUUUACCGCCUAGUUUGUCGAUUGCCGCUCAGCGUUUACUUUGA